AUGGUGCUGAAAAUUGUACUUUUCGUUGCGUUAGCGGUUUCCGCCUCGGCCCGUAGGCCCCCAAACGCCAAUUAUGCUGAAGGGCUCCUGAAAAAUUCGCCUGCAUCGCGGAUGUCCAGUGAUAUUGAAGAGGACAUCAAUUUAGAUGCGCCCGGCCUUGUAGCCAAAUAUGGCUAUCCUAUUGAAGUGCACAAUGUCAUCACCUCCGAUGGCUACAUCUUAGAGAUGCACAGGAUCCCUCAUGGCAGGGAUCAGAACAACAAACCUGACCCCAAGAAGAUCCCUGUGCUUGUUAUGCACGGUCUUCUAUCUUCUUCUGCUGACUUCAUCGUUUUGGGACCCGGCAGUGCUUUAGCCUACCUGCUUGCUGAAGCUGGUUACGACGUAUGGCUAGGCAAUGCCCGUGGUAACUUCUACUCACGCAAACACCGAACUCUGAACCCAGAUAGUAGCAUCAACCACAACUUCUGGAGGUUCAGUUGGGAUGAAAUUGGUAACAUUGACCUGGCUGCUUUCGUUGACUUCAUCUUGGAGAGAACUGGUCAUGAGAAACUCCACUACAUCGGCCAUUCUCAAGGUGGAACUACCUUCCUCGUCUUGAACUCUUUGAAACCACAAUACAAUGACAAAUUCAUCAGCUUCCAAGGAUUGGCUCCUGCUUCCUACUUCGAACACAAUGAGGUGGAACUAUUCAAAAGCUUGGCUCCUCAUGAAAGCACCAUUGAGUCUACCGCCUUCAUCCUAGGCCAGCCCGAGAUCUUUGGUAACCGAGAUUUCGUGUACUGGAUCAGAUCAACUUUCUGCAAUGGACUCACCAGCCUCUUGACUGACCUCUGUGAUAUGGAAUUCGACAACAUUCUCGACCCUGAACAUUACAAUGCUACCAUGAUCCCAUUGUUCCUGUCGCACGCACCAGCAGGUGCCUCUGUCCGUCAAGUUGCCCACUACGGCCAGACCAUCAGAUUCAACGAAUUCCGUCGCUACAACCACAACGCUAUCGCCAACUUGGGAGCGUAUGGCAGCCGCAACCCUCCAGCGUACGAUCUCUCCAAGGUCGUCGUUCCUUCCUACCUCCACUACGGUCAGAAUGACAAAGAAGUUCAUUUCAAGGACCUAAUGACCCUUGCAGCGACUUUGCCCAAUGUUGUUGGUACGUACAAAGUUGAGAGGGAUACUUUCAACCACUACGACUUCAUCUGGGGUAAAGAUGUGAGAGAACAGUUGUACGAAAGGACCUUGAUCCCCCUGAUGAAAGAAGCCGAAAGCAAACUAUGA